AUGUUUGGAUUUGAUAUUCAGCCAGUUAGAUCAAGAAAUUGGGAAAUUGAAGAGGAAGAAGACCAAAAUCUCGAACCAGUUGAAAUCCCAAAACCAUCAAUUUUAUUUAAUGAAUCAUUUCCAAAAAAUGAUCUUUCAAAUAUUACAGAUUUAAUUAUAUCAACUAAAAACUCACCAUCAAUUUUCAUUAGAUCAAAUUUUGAUGCAUUAUUUGAUGAAAUUGCAGAAAUUGUAUAUGAUGAUAUUAAACCAAUUAAAACUACAUCAAAUAUUUUAAAUAAUAAAUGUAAUGUUUAUAGACAUAAAGAAGAAAAAUCUAUUGCUUUCAUUGUUUUAGGUUAUGAUUUACCAAGUGAAAGAUGUUUUAGUUUUUCUGAAUCAGUUUUAAAUGCAUUUAAUCAAGUAAAAAAAGUUGUUAUUUUAGACAAGUUAUUAAAUUCCCAUUAUCUUUCUCAAGACCAUACUCACCCAAUUCCACCAUUUGUUAGAGCUGUUUAUACAUCAAAUUUUGAAAAUAAUUGUUCACUUAUUCCAUUAGAGUCACCAAAUAUUAUCGAAAAUUUAAGUGCUUCAUUUUUAACACUGUGCCAAGUUAAUAAUAUCCAAGCUUGUUCAAUUUUAAAUUUAUAUGAACUAAACUUAAAUAUUGAUAGUGUUCAAUCUUUUGCACCAAUUCUUAAAUCACUUUAUCCAAAAUUAUUUUCAACUAACGACAAUGAUAUUAAAGUUCAAUAUAAAAAUAUGAUUGCUUUAGUCAAUAAGAGAAAUGAUAGAGGAAUGUAUAUGUAA